AUGGAAUAUUCGAAGAAUGAUGACACAAGACUGUAUUUCCUCUUCUUCACUGAGUUUCACAGGCCAGAAGGGAUCGAGGCACUAUAUUCGGAUCUUGAGGAUGAGUGGAGAAGAGGCUUGAAAGCUCUUCGAGUUGAUAAUGUUAAAAAAUUGAAGAAAUCACUGCCAGAAUUGAAGAAAGAGGCCUUGAAGUCAGUAGACUUUGAAGAUUUCUAUUUGUUUGCCUUUCGCUACUGUUUAACAGAGAAAAAACAGAAAUGUUUAGAUAUUGAGAGCACCUGCAUAUUGAUUGAUCUGGUAUUAGGGUUUCAAUAUCCGGCACAAGUUGAUUCAUUCAUCCAAUUUCUUAAGAUCCAGAGUGACUACAAAGUGAUGAAUAUGGAUCAGUGGAAGAAUUUUCUACGGUUUUGUGAAGAGAUAAGCUUUCCGGACCUUCAAAAUUAUGAUACAUGCGAAGCUUGGCCUUUACUUCUCGAUAAUUUUGUCGACUAG